CGUUCAGAGCUUCUGCCCGGGCGGGCGCGCGGCGGCGGCGGCUGAGGCGGCGGAGCCUGAGCGGGGAUGUAGAGGCGGCGGCGGCACUGGCGGCAGCAGAGGCGGCGGCGGCAGCGAGAGCAGGCGCCCGAGCUUGGCGAGAAGAGCGGCCGAACCUUGCCCCCCGAAGCCGGGCCCCGUGUCCCAGCCCUGCCCAGCCCGCGCCCAGCCAUGCGCGCCGCCUGCUGAGUCCGGGCGCCUCACCCUGCGCCCUCCGCCCGCCGCGCCGCGCUCCGCUCUGGGGUGAUUAGUUGCUUUUUGUUGUUUUUUAAUUUGGGCCGCGGGGAGGGGGAGGAGGGGCAGGUGCUGCAGGCUCCCCCCCCCUCCCCGCCUCGGGCCAGCCAAGGCAGCUUGACUCCGGCUGCGGACCCGGGCUCGGCGGUCGGCGGAGCUGGAGCGGAGCGCACGGCGGCGGCGGUGCCUAGAGCGGAGCGCAGCUCCCCGCCCCGCCCCUCCCCCUCGUCCUCGCGGCGGCGGCGGUGGCGGCUUGGACGACUCAGAGAGCCGAUUCCUUAUAUCUGGAAUGGGAUAAUAGGAGUACCUGGUCCACAAGACCAUUUUCAGAUGGACACAAGGAUGGUUAUGCAGUACCCAGCACCAGUGGCUAACUUACAGUCAGCACUCAAUUAAAGUUGGCUUUUAUGGUGAAGAGGACUUCAUAUCCCCCAGUGAAAAGGAAGAAAAGAACACGUGGCUCACACUUAGUGUUUCGGUCUCCAUUCUGCUAAUCCUCAGAGUGAAGACCCUUCCACGUGGACACCUGACCAUGUGCCUGCCCUGAGCAUCGAGGCCCACCAGGCAUUUCUGUUGUGGGCAGCAAGGCCCGGUGCUUGUCUGAGGACCCCCUGUAGUUGGCAGGCUUCCCCAGCAGCGGGGUCUGGGCCUCGGCCCCACCAUGUCGAGCCUUAGCAGUGGCUCCCAGGACACCAGCGGCAGUAGCAGUAGCAACAAUGCCAAUGGCGGCGGCAGCAGUGGCCCGAAGGCAGGAGUGUCUGACAAGAGCGCGGCGGUGGCCACUGCUGCACCAGCCUCGGUGGCAGAUGAUGCACCACCCCCUGAACGUCGGAACAAAAGUGGCAUCAUCAGUGAACCCCUCAACAAGAGCCUGCGCCGCUCCCGCCCUCUCUCCCACUACUCUUCCUUUGGGAGCAGUGGGGGCAGUGGCGGUGGCAGCAUGAUGGGCGGGGAGUCUGCCGAAAAGGCUGCUGCAGCUGCAGCCGCUGCCUCCCUGUUGGCCAAUGGGCAUGACCUGGCGGCAGCCAUGGCUGUGGACAAAAGCAACCCUACCUCAAAGCACAAAAGUGGUGCUGUGGCCAGUCUGCUGAGCAAGGCUGAGCGGGCCACGGAGCUGGCAGCCGAGGGACAGCUGACGCUGCAGCAGUUCGCACAGUCCACGGAGAUGCUGAAGCGCGUGGUGCAGGAGCACCUACCGCUGAUGAGUGAGGCUGGCGCGGGCCUGCCUGACAUGGAGGCUGUGGCGGGUGCCGAAGCCCUCAACGGCCAGUCCGACUUCCCCUACCUGGGCGCCUUCCCCAUCAACCCAGGCCUCUUCAUCAUGACCCCGGCGGGCGUGUUUCUGGCUGAGAGCGCGCUGCACAUGGCGGGCCUGGCUGAGUACCCCAUGCAGGGUGAGCUGGCUUCAGCUAUCAGCUCGGGAAAGAAGAAGCGGAAACGCUGCGGCAUGUGCCCGCCCUGCCGGCGGCGCAUCAACUGCGAGCAGUGCAGCAGUUGUAGGAACCGAAAGACUGGCCAUCAGAUUUGCAAAUUCAGAAAAUGUGAGGAACUCAAAAAGAAGCCUUCCGCUGCUCUGGAGAAGGUGAUGCUUCCGACAGGAGCCGCCUUCCGGUGGUUUCAGUGACGGCGGCGGGAACCCAAAGCUGCCCUCUCCGUGCAAUGUCACUGCUCGUGUGGUCUCCGGCAAGGGAUUCGGGCGAAGACAAACGGCUGCACCCGUCUUUAGAACCAAAAAUAUUCUCUCACAGAUUUCAUUCCUGUUUUUAUAUAUAUAUUUUUUGUUGUCGUUUUAACAUCUCCACGUCCCUAGUAUAAAAAGAAAAAGAAAAAAAAUUUAACUGCUUUUUCGGAAGAACAACAAAAAGAGAGGUAAAGACGAAUCUAUAAAGUACCGAGACUUCCUGGGCAAAGAAUGGACAAUCAGUUUCCUUCCUGUGUCGAUGUCGAUGUUGUCUGUGCAGGAGAUGCAGUUUUGUGUAGAGAAUGUAAAUUUUCUGUAACCUUUUGAAAUCUAGUUACUAAUAAGCACUACUGUAAUUUAGCACAGUUUAACUCCACCCUCAUUUAAACUUCCUUUGAUUCUUUCUGACCAUGAAAUAGUGCAUAGUUUGCCUGGAGAACCCACUCACGUUUAUAAAGAGAAUGUUGAUGGCGCCGUGUUGAAGCCCCUGUAUAUCCAUCACGUGGGCAGAGCUGCCUUGAGGAGCUCACAGAGGGGAGGGAGCAGACCCCCCUACCCCCAGGCCCAGGCCAGGUGUGCUACACCCACAGUCCCCACAAUGGGAUCCCCUGCCCCAACAAUGAUUUUGCAAAAACGAAAGUUUUGUUUGUUUAUCCACUGAGGUCUGGGGAGCCCACGUCUCGACAGUUUUGAUCCUGGCUACUUCCCUUAGAGAAAACAAGUCCCUUCUUUCCCGCCUGGCUGAUGGCGACAGAAGAAAGGGCUUCUAUGCGUGGUCCCCUGCCAGUGGGGGUGGGUGCCCAGGGGGUCCCCCACGGCCUGGGCCCCCUUGCCCGUGGCCAGCUUCCUGCUGAUGAACAUGCUGUUUGUAUUGUUUUAGGAAACCAGGCUGUUUUGUGAAUAAAACGAAUGCAUGUUU